AUGUUGACUUUGGAAGUGGUUGCGAGCUUUCUCACCCCCGUCGCGGUAAAUAGGAUAUUGCAUCAUUUGGAAACUGGGGGCGAAGACGCCAUAAUCCGUCCGUGGUUCUGGAUCUUGACCUUUUUCACAGGUCUUGUCGCGACUACUUUGACCUCCGGACGGUACUUCUUUGUUGUGCUACGACUACUCGCACAAGUGCAGAGCACACUCACGCAGCUCAUCUUCGAGCAUGCGCUGCGCAUCAGGCUGAAGGCGGACGGUGGAAUUUCCGCUGAUAAGAAAGAAAACAGCAAAGACAAAGGCGGCACCGUUACGCUCACAGAGACGGGAGCCACUGCCGGGGACGAAUCGGCUCGUGCAAGCGCCUCGAGCGAGGCGACAUUGGGUGAGGGACCGAGCUCGUCAGCGGAAAGAGGCACGGAGACGUCCUCCAAGGGCAGAAGCGGUAAGACAACUACUGCCGCGGGCCGCAAGGACAGCAGCAUGAUUGGCAAGAUCAACAAUUUGAUUUCGACGGAUAUCAACAGUCUCGAAGCUGGGAAGAACUUCAUUCUAGUUGUUUGGUAUACACCGCUACAGAUCGCUGUGAGCAUAGUGUUCUUGUAUGCAGUCCUGGGAUGGAGCGCAUUGGUCGGAGUAGGCACCAUGAUUAUCAUGCUAUUUAUUCCUGGCUUCAUAUCAAAGUACUCUCACAAUCUUCAAGUUAAGAAGAUGGCGAAGAGCGACGCUCGAGUCGGCGUCAUAUCGGAAGUCAUGGGCAGCGCUAUUCGGAUGGUCAAGCUCUUCGGAUGGGAAAGACGGAUCAGCGAGCGCAUAGACCAGAAGCGGCAGGAAGAGCUACAUGCGCUUCGAAGAUUCAGAGUUCUGUCACUUGUUAGCACCAUCGUCAACAACCUCAUCCCCUUGAUGACGAUGGUCGUCACGUUUACAACCUAUGCCCUGGCUAUGAAGGGCGAGCUUACAGCCUCGAGGGUCUUCUCAUCUAUGACAGUGUUCCAAACUUUACAAGGCCACUUCAGAGGGUGUACGCUGUGUAUUCCCUGGUGUAUCCAGGCGAAGGUAGGUCUGGACAGAAUCACGGACUUUCUUCACAAAACCGAGUUAUUGGACUCUUACGCCGAAUCCACACAAGAACAAAAUACUCUCUCGGUCUCUCCCAACCCUGACAUAAUCGGUAUCCGUGAAGCAUCCUUCGCCUGGGACUCUGAACAGGCUGCGAAUGUCACGCCCGGGUCCUCAUGGCGCAGUUUCAAGCUGUGCGUCGAGAAUGAGGUUGUAUUCAAGCGGGGCCAUAUCAAUCUGAUUAUCGGGCCUACGGGGUGCGGAAAGACAUCCCUCCUCAUGGCAUUGCUUGGCGAGAUGCACUACCUCCCGAUGGGACCCGACUCGUACGUCAACCUUCCUCGUGAAGGCGGAGUCGCGUAUCACGCACAAGAAUCUUGGGUCUUGAAUGAAACUAUCCGAAAUAACAUCCUGUUCGGAUCUCCCCUCGAGCAAGAGCGAUACGAUAAAGUUCUCUGGCAGUGCGCAUUGGAACGAGACUUGUCUCUGUUUGAUGCAGGAGAUCAAACCGAGGUUGGUGAAAGAGGAGUAACGCUUAGCGGCGGUCAGAAGGCUCGUAUCACACUUGCUCGAGCGAUCUACUCGAAAGCGGAAAUUCUGCUGCUGGAUGAUGUCCUUGCAGCAUUGGAUGUCCACACCGCCCAGUCAAUUGCGGAAGAAUGCUUACAAGGGGAUCUGGUACAAGGGCGUACCGUCAUCUUGGUUGUGAGUCCCAUCGUACCUUUGGUGUUAUCGGCAUCGAAAUAA